CUCCUCCUCCUCCUUUUUAGGGAGGGAGGACGAUCAAGUCCAUUUCAAAGACCGACCAGAGGCUUUCCCCUUUUCUCCUCUCUUGAGUUGUCCUUCAUUUUUUUAAAAAAUAAACCAAUCCACCUGAAUCCUGGGGAGCCCCUUGCUCUCUCUGGCCAGGAGGGCUUUCCCAGACUGCCAGGGAGGAACACAAGAAGAAGCAAGGCAAAAGCAACAAGGAGGGCUUUUUUCUUGUCUUUGCCUGCAAUCUUUUGGAAAACCCAGAGCUUCCCCCCUUGGAAGCCAGCCAUGGGGACUUGGGAGACGGUGGGAUGGUGCCUCCUGGCUUUCCUCCUCUGCUCCGGGAACACCCGGGCCAAGGCCAGCCAAGAUAUUGAUGAAUGUGUUGAUGGAACUGACAACUGCCACAUUGAUGCCAUCUGCCAGAACACUCCUAAAUCAUACAAAUGCAUCUGCAAAUCUGGCUACACUGGGGAUGGGAAGCACUGCAAAGAUGUGGAUGAAUGUGAGCGUGAUGACAAUGCUGGCUGUGUCCAUGAAUGUGUCAAUAUCCCUGGGAAUUAUCGAUGUACCUGCUACGAUGGCUUCCGCCUGGCACAUGAUGGCCACAACUGCCUUGAUGUGGAUGAGUGUGCAGAAGGGAACGGUGGCUGCCAGCAGACCUGCGUUAACAUGAUGGGGAGCUACGAGUGCCACUGCCGCGAUGGUUUUUUCUUGAGUGAUAACCAGCACACCUGUAUCCAGCGUCCAGAAGAAGGAAUGAACUGCAUGAACAAGAACCAUGGUUGUGCCCACAUCUGCCGGGAGACCCCAAAAGGUGGCAUUGCCUGUGAAUGCCGACCUGGCUUUGAGCUCACAAAGAAUCAACGAGAUUGCAAAUUGACCUGCAACUAUGGUAAUGGAGGAUGUCAACACACUUGUGAUGAUACAGAUCAAGGGCCAAAGUGUGGUUGCCAUGUGAAGUUUGUGCUACACUCUGAUGGGAAGACAUGCAUAGGGGAGAGGCACCUCCAGCAGCACGUUACCCCCCAGACGUUUUCUAAUGAGACCUGUGCUGUCAACAAUGGAGGCUGUGAUAGCAAGUGUCAUGAUGCAGCCACUGGUGUGCACUGCAGCUGCCCCAUGGGAUUCAUGCUUCAGCCUGACAGAAAAACAUGCAAAGAUAUUGAUGAAUGUAGGUUGAACAAUGGUGGCUGUGAUCACAUCUGCAGGAACACAGUAGGCAGUUUUGAAUGCAGUUGUAAGAAGGGAUAUAAGCUGCUGAUCAAUGAAAGGACCUGUCAAGAUAUCGAUGAAUGCUCCUUUGACAGAACCUGUGACCACAUCUGUGUAAACACACCAGGGAGCUUCCAGUGCCUAUGUCACAAAGGCUACACGCUGUAUGGACUCACCCACUGUGGAGAUAUUGAUGAAUGUAGCAUCAACCGAGGAGGUUGCAAAUUUGGCUGUAUAAACACUCCUGGCAGCUAUGAGUGUACAUGUCCUGCUGGAUGCAAACUUCAUUGGAAUAAAAAAGAUUGUAUAGAGAUGGUGAUAUGCUUAGCUGGUGCAAUAUCUCCACGAGCCACAUUGUCCUGCAACAAGAAUGGAAAAAAGGACAGCUGCUCUCUCACCUGUGCCUCGAAGGCUCGCUUUCUGCCUGAGUCUGACAACACCUAUACAGUCAGCUGUGGGACCCCAAUCCUGCGGCAGGGACCUCCACCUAGGUCCAGCAAUGGCAGCCAUCCCUGUGUUGAGACUGUCACUACUCCAAUCAAACAAAAGGCUUCCUUCAAAAUCAAAGAUGCUAAAUGCCACCUGCAUCCACGCAUGAAAGGCAAACAGGAUGAGAUGAUCAGGAAUAGUGCACUAGGUGGACCAGCUUCUUGCUCAGAUUGCCAGGUGACUUUUGUGAACCUAAAAUGUGAUUCAUCAAAGAAAGGCAAAGGGCGCCGGGCUCGAAACUCUCCCAACAAGGAGGUGACACGCAUUACGUUGGAGUUUGAAGCUGAAAUCAAACCUGAAGAGAUCACAGCUAGUUGCAAUCUGAACUGUGUCCGGCAGAAGGUGGAGAAAAAACUGAAGUCAGCCAUCAAAGCCCUGAAGAAAUCCAUAAACCAGGAACGGUUCCUGAUCCGCUUUUCAGGAAUGGAAUAUGAAGUGGCACGGAAGCUGAGCAUGACUCCUGAAAGGCAGGAGAGCUGUGGGCCAGGGCAACAAAGACUGGGAUCCAAGUGUGUUAGCUGCCUGCAAGGAACAUAUUACCAUGGCCAGAUGGAGCAGUGCGUCUCUUGCCCUCCAGGGACCUACCAGGAGAAAGAAGGCCAGCUCUCUUGUGACCUUUGCCCUGGAAGUGAUGGUUAUGGGCCAGCUGGAGCAACAAAUAUAAGCACCUGUGCAGGUCAGUGCCCCCCUGGUCAGUAUUCUGUAGAUGGUUUCAGACCCUGCCAGCAGUGUCCACGCGGCACCUACCAGCCUGAAGCUGGCCGAGCUUUGUGUUUCCAUUGUGGUGGUGGGUUGAAUACCAAGCAUGAUGGAGCCUUUUCCUUCCAAGACUGUGAUACAAAAGUUCAAUGCUCCCCAGGCCAUUAUUAUAAUACCACUGUCCAUCGCUGCAUCCGCUGUGCUAUAGGCACCUACCAGCCAGACUUUCGCCAAAACUAUUGCAUCACAUGCCCUGGAAAUACCACCACGGACUUUGAUGGCUCAACUUCUGUGUCACAAUGCAAAAACCGUCAAUGUGGAGGUGAGCUAGGCGAGUACACUGGUUACAUUGAGUCUCCUAAUUACCCAGGAAAUUACCCUGCAAAUGUGGAGUGCACUUGGAAUAUCAACCCUCCUCCGAAGCGCAAGAUUCUUAUUGUAGUGCCUGAAAUUUUCCUGCCAUCUGAGGAUGAAUGUGGGGAUGUCCUAGUUAUGCGGAAAAACUCCUCUCCUUCCUCAAUCACAACCUACGAGACAUGCCAGACCUAUGAGAGACCCAUAGCCUUCACUGCUAGGUCACGAAAACUGUGGAUCAACUUUAAAACUAGUGAAGCCAACAGCGCUAGAGGUUUCCAGAUCCCAUAUGUCACUUAUGAUGAGGAUUAUGAACAACUGGUGGAGGACAUUGUUCGAGAUGGCAGACUAUAUGCUUCUGAAAACCAUCAAGAAAUACUGAAGGACAAGAAGCUGAUUAAAGCAUUCUUUGAUGUGCUGGCUCACCCACAAAAUUACUUCAAAUACACAGAGAAGCACAAGGAGAUGCUGCCACGUUCCUUCAUCAAACUCCUCCGCUCCAAAGUUUCCAGCUUUCUGAGACCUUACAAAUAGCCCCUUGACACUUGAACCAGUGUUCCAGGCACCUCAACAGCCAAGAAAACUUUUUUCUAACACUUAUUCUUGUUUUCCAGUGACUUUUUCUACAAAUACAAUCCCUGACCCAAUCUGUCACUAUGUCACUAUUGGUCUUUCCUUGUCUUUUCUUCAAUCCAAACUCGCUGAUGAUAUUGUCCACAGAAGGAGCAACUGGCAGCCACGAGGAACUAAAACACAUUUCCAGUGCUUUCCAUACUGGAGUCUCAGCCUAUGGAGUUCACACAUCCUAAUAAGCGAGGCUGUCUUCACAGAUAGCCUUUAUUGGGACCUGUCACUCCAGAGUCACUCCAAGGCUAUCUCAACUUUCUCCCAUAUAUACACAUAAUAUGCAGGCUAUUGUGCUGCAGGACAGUUGCCAAACAGGCUGUUGAGGCACCUCUCUGCAUGACUGUUUCUAGAAAGAGGAAAGAUCCCUGCUACCAUAUAAUGCAUCCGCUUCUGGAACACAUGCAAAAUGGGGGACUUUGAGCAGCUGCUAAGCAAUGGAGUUGGUCCAGCUGAACUCUCUUGUAAAGAAAUGGGGUCAAAGGCUAUCCAGGAUGCAGAAGGUUAUGCCUUAUUUAAGACUGUUGUGUUUUUAAAGAAAAGAAAAAUAAAUCAGACACAGUCUUACAGAGGGGAUAUAUAUAUUAUUGGGAAGAUCAUACAGAAGAAGAAAAAAAGGAGAGCUGACAAGUACGAAAGAAAAUGGUCCAUGUUUGUAUGAUGGCAAGUUUGUUGACUAGAAGGCCAUCAUUUCAUGAUGGUGUCUGACUUUUGUGUUUGAAGAAAACAUGGCCUAGCCACGUUCUCUUAUGGAGUAAUGUCUGGAAAAGGUGGAGGAAAACUUGGUGAAAAGCGAGACUUUCCAAUGUGAUUUCUCCCCCAUGGACACUUGUGAUAUGAGUUCAGACUUCUUGUAAGCUCUGCCAAAGAGUAAUUCGAUGACAAAAGAGCAAGCAGUGUGAAGGGCAGGAAUGAGUGAAUGUUUGUGCACUAGGAUGUUCUCCUUUCUACCUUUUUCAUAUUAUUAAGUGCAAUCAUUUUGAGUUGUCUUUAUAUUAUUUAGAGGGAUUUUUUUUUCUACUAGAAACUGCAAUAUUUAUACCUGCCUGAGAAAAGAGAAUGUGUGUGUGUGUGUGUGUGCGCAUGUGUUAAUAAUGAAACAGCAAAGAAUACAAACAAGGAAUUGGGGAAAUGACGAUUAAAUGUGACUUAAGUUUUCAGCUCUUGAAACCUUUCGGUUUCUUUACCACAGUAAAUCCCAGUGUAAAUUGUGAAAAGCAAACUCAGUCAUUCUGCAACCCAUGAAGGUACAGGACAUAAGCUGACUGGAAAUGUUGUUUUGGCCACAAGUAGCUUUCAAGAGUUGGUUCAUUUCACAUACUACCAAAGGCAACUUUAGAAUGCACAUUAGUGAUCACAUAUUAGAAUCUGUCUCUACGUUAAACUCUCCAGUCUAGCUAAACCAUCACUCUUUCAAACAAAUUAGCUUGGAAGAGACAGGGAGUUUUUUAUAUGUUCAGAUCCGAGAUCCCCAGUGUGCCUCCUGAGGUGGCACACUUCUCUUUCUGAAUGUUUUUGGAGGGUCUGAUUUCUAAAAUAAGAGAUUUUGGGGGGGUCAGGUCCCUUGGGAAGUCACACUCAAAAGCUCUUUUUCUUAAACCUAUAUUCUCAGUAAAGAAGGAAGAGUUUUCUGCACCUCCUCUAAGGCAUUCUCAUCUUUGCAUAUUCUGUGGUAGACCCCCAACAAUGAACACAAGCUUUGGAGCCCUGGCUAAUAGUAACCCUGAGCAACAUGCCUUCUAUAUCACUUUAAAAUUCCCUUGCAGAAUCUUACCUGUCAGUCACUAAUUAUUUUCAAGUGCAAAUACUAGUGGGGAAUGCCAAUCUUACACUGGUGUAAUUGUUGCCUUCUCUGAGCCAUGACCUGAAGCUAGGAUUUUGAAUUGUUAGAUAAACGGCUUGCACUUGGAUGGGAUAAUCUCCAUUUGCUGUACUGGUAAUGAUGCUUUUCUGCCUGGAUAUUAAUAAUAUGCUUUUCCUCCCAUUCACACCUUUAUCCACAGUCUAACUAAAGUCAAUGGAAUUGAUUCAUUAAUAAAGUAGAAUUGUUUCUGAGAUAAACACAACUGCAGCAGUCUAUACUUUUCACCAUAAUAGCCAAGACAAUAUCCAGCACUAAUCCCAACAAAUGUAGCUUUUUCCUACAAUACCUAUUUAUUAUGGUAUGGGGGAAGAGACACCUGUGUUUAUUGCAGGAGAGGACAAAGAGGCAAAAGCCCAAAUGGAAACUAACUCUGAAGACAAAACUUAUGUUUAAUUCAGUUUAAGAAUUCUACCUGAAUUCUUUCUGGCUAGAUUCUUUGUUUCCAUUCAGUCCUAAUCGUGAAAAAUCUAAAAGGUUUGAAAAGCUGAAAUUUCUUUCUCAGCACAGAAAAUGUAACAAUGUUUAAAUAACAAAGCCGAAAUAUUUAUAACUGCAUUGUGUGGUGUGCCACAGUCCAUUAUCUCCUGCCAAAAAAGAAAGAUUAAAUGAUGAAAAAGGUGUAGUCCAUAAAGUUAUUUGCACUUGAUAAAAAAAAUGUAUCUGAACUUGUAAAAAGAAAAGUUUGCAUUUCGUAUUGUCUUUUUUAAUUAUUAAAUGGAUUUUCUUGGU